GAGCAGAGGAGAAAGGAGCUUCUUCACGAUGGUACGCACCAAGCAGACAGCGCGGAAGUCGACGGGAGGCAAGGCUCCACGGAAGCCGCUAGCUAUGAAUGUGGCUUGCAAGACUGCACCGGCUACUGGCGUAGUGAAGAAGAAGCAGCGCCGCUACCGCCCAGGCACCGUGGCGCUUCGUGAGAUCCGCCGCUACCAGAAGACCACCGAGUUGCUGAUUCGCAGGGCGCCGUUCCAGCACUUGGUGCGUGAGAUAGCCCAGGGUUUCAAGACUGACCUGCGCUUCCAGAGCUCUGCGCUGAUGGCGCUGCAGGAGGCCUGCGAGGCCUACCUCGUGGCGCUGUUCGAAGACACCAACCUGUGUGCCAUCCACGCCAAGCGGGUGACCAUCAUGCCGAAAGACAUCCACCUGGCUCGUCGCAUUCGCGGAGACACGCCUACAGAGACAGCCUCCAUUAACAGUCCUGGUGGCAAGAUCACCCGGAGAGUAUAUAAGGGGCAGGCUGUAAAGAGGAUCACCACAUGGGCCAACCAGAGUGCAGUAAUGAAUCACGACACCUGGUGGGCGACCAAUAGGAAUGCAGUGGGCUCUAUAAAAGCCGAGCCCUCAAGGCACCUAGCCCACUUGAGGAGCAGAGGACAAAGGAGCUUCUUCACGAUGGCACGCACCAAGCAGACAGCGCGGAAGUCGACGGGAGGCAAGGCUCCACGGAAGCAGCUAGCUAUGAAUGUGGCUUGCAAGACUGCACCGGUUACUGGCGUAGUGAAGAAGAAGCAGCACCGCUACCGCCCAGGCACCGUGGCGCUUCGUGAGAUCCGCCGCUACCAGAAGACCACCGAGUUGCUGAUUCGCAGGGCGCCGUUCCAGCACUUGGUGCGUGAGAUAGCCCAGGGUUUCAAGACUGACCUGCGCUUCCAGAGCUCUGCGCUGAUGGCGCUGCAGGAGGCCUGCGAGGCCUACCUCGUGGCGCUGUUCGAAGACACCAACCUGUGUGCCAUCCACGCCAAGCGGGUGACCAUCAUGCCAAAAGACAUCCACCUGGCUCGUCGCAUUCGCGGAGAGCACUCUUAAACUUAGACUCCACAGGCUCCUGAUUAUUGCACUAUCCUAAACCCAAAGGCUCUUUUCAGAGCCACCCACCACAUCUAAAAAAGUGGUUGUAACCUUGUAUGUAAAUUUGAUCGAUAAUUGAAAAUAUAUGCAAAUUUUUUGCUUUUAAAA